AUGCCGCAGUACGAGGUGGGCGAGGUCGUCGAAGUGUGGAGCGAGUCUCAGCAGACUUGGAUACCCGGCGCGAAAAUUGUCCACGCACCCCCGCGCGACUGUGAGAUCGACAGCUACCAGGUAACGGCCGGCACCGUCAAGGUGGAGUACGAGGGCAGGUCAAAGUGGCUCCCCCCGGACGAGGUCUCGAGGCAGGUGCGGCGGCCACUGGCCGCGCUGGCGGCCGCCCCCGCGCCGCCGCCGCCGGAGCCGCCGCCGCCGCGAGGGGGCGACGUCCCGCUCGGCGGCGCGGGGCCGAGCGGCGCCGGCAGGUGCAAGUUCGGUUGCGGCCGCAGCGUGCAGCCUGGUCUGACGAGGGGCAUGAAGCAGUACGACACGUGUUGCAGGCGCUGCGCGCAGAACCGCGGCGGGGGCGACCACGACCCGAACUGUGAGGGCGCAAGCCCCACGGCAGGCACGCUGGAGGCGUGCACAGCGGCCGUCGACGCGCACGAGUGGCUGAAGAACCUGGUGGAGUCGGAGGAGGCGCUCCAGAAGCGCUGCGAGGAGGUCUUCAGAGAACAUGCUGGGGAGGCGGAGCUCAUGGAUCUGGACCAGUUCAAGCUGGCCUCCAGCGAUCUUUGCCGCCCAGUGGGUGAGACGCUGGAUAAGUAUGCAAAGAGACUGCACGAGUGGGCUAAGUACUCCCCGCGCAGUCUCCGCCACCCCUUGAUGGGCGCGGGCAUCGGCGUCACAUCUUUCAAGGCGAUGUGUCGCACAAUACUUCUUGACCUCUACGCGCAUUACUUUCCCCGCGUACUUCCGUUUAAGACAAGCGAGCUUGUCCGGAAGAACACACACGAGCUCACCGAGUUGUACGACAUGGGCGAUCUUCUCGGACAGGGUUCUUUUGGUGUUGUGUCCAUGGUCACGCACAAGGAGUUCAUAUGCGACGUCAUGAAGCAGACGUUACGUGCCCUGGCGUUUAUGCAUGGCGAAAGAUACAUGCACAAGGAUCUGAAGCCUCAGAACAUAAUGAUGGUCGACAAAGGUUCCUCGUCGAUCAAGCUUAUCGACUUUGGUCUUGCGGAACACUUUGAGCCAGACGAGAAGGUGUCGCGGGUCUUCGGCGGGACGCUCCUAUACAUCGCGCCAGAGGGUUUCGGACGAGGGCUCGAGAUGAAGAGCGACGUCUGGAGUGCCGGCGUCAUCCUGUACAACUUGAUCACCGGCGAUUACCCCUUCAUGGCAGAGUGGCCCCCGCCGCCCGGCAAGGACACGGCCUGGUGGGAGAGCGGCACCCGCGCAGCCAUACAGACCGAGGAUCCUCGCGACCACCCGAACUUGUCCAACGGCUACGUGUCCAAGGACUGCGUGGACAUGCUGUGUGAGAUGUUGAGCAAGGACCCGGGCAGACGCCCGGACGCGGCGAGGUGUUUGGAGCAUCGUUGGUUCAAGAGGUUCGACAGGGAGCCCCCACCUUUGUCCGUGGGCAUAUUGCAGUGCUUGGAUGCGUUCGCGGGGCAGCCCGAGCUGAAGAAAGCCGUCUUCCUGCUGAUAUGGAAGACC